AUGGCCGCGCCCCGCCACCCGUCUCCCGCCCGCCUCUCCGACUCCUCCCGCAUAGCGCCCGCCCCCUCGAUACGAGCUGGAUCGGGGGCUCGACCCCGCGGCACCCCAAGCCCCGACGCCGCACCGUCGCCGCUCACCACCACCUCGUCGGCGUCGCCUCCCCGCCUCGCCCCGACGUCGCCCCGCGCCUCGCCCGCGCCCUGCCGCCGCCCUGGCUCCGUGCUCGAGCCCCGCGCCGCCCGGCGACCUUGCUGCGGUGGACGAGCCACCCGCCGGCGACGACCUCCCUCCCUCGCGCGCCCGUGCCACGGCCUCCUCCUCACCGGACCCCACCACCGCCCGUCGCCUCGUCCUCCUCAUCUCCUCCUCGCCGACGACACAUCCCCAUCCUCCUCCCCAAAGGUUCCACCGAGCCUCGCCGCCCCCUGCUCACCAACGCAGAUAAUGCAUAGGUGA